UGGCAGCUAAUUUCGCUGAUAGGCCAAGUGGGCGAUGGUGAGGGCGCCUCAUCUGUCUACAUAUACUAUGAUCCAUCCCCAUGCUAGCACUCAAGUGACAUAGCUAACUUAGCUAGCUAGAUCAUCUUAGCUUGGAGAAGACAGAAGAGCGUUAUCUUGGAAGGACAACAUGGCAACUGCAGGGAAAGUGAUCAAGUGCAAAGCGGCGGUGGCUUGGGAGGCCGGGAAGCCGCUGUCAAUCGAGGAGGUGGAGGUUGCGCCGCCGCAAGCCAUGGAGGUUCGCCUCAAGAUCCUCUACACGGCGCUCUGCCACACCGACGUCUACUUCUGGGAAGCCAAGGGGCAAACUCCGGUGUUCCCUCGGAUCUUCGGCCACGAAGCUGGAGGGAUUGUGGAGAGUGUGGGCGAGGGGGUGACGGAGCUUUCCCCCGGCGACCACGUGCUGCCGGUGUUCACCGGCGAGUGCGGCGACUGCCGGCACUGCCUGUCGGAGGAGAGCAACCUGUGCGACCUCCUCCGCAUCAACACCGACCGUGGCGCCAUGAUCGGCGACGGCCAGACCAGGUUCACCGCCAGGGGAGGGCAGCCGGUGUACCACUUCCUCGGCACCUCCACGUUCAGCGAGUACACCGUCGUCCAUGUCGGCUGCGUCGCCAAGAUCCACCCAGCGGCGCCGCUCGACAAGGUCUGCGUCCUCAGCUGUGGCAUCUCCACCGGAUUUGGCGCGACUGUGAACGUCGCCAAGCCACCGAAGGGGUGCACAGUAGCCAUAUUCGGCCUGGGUGCAGUUGGUCUUGCUGCCAUGGAAGGUGCAAGGAUCUCUGGUGCUUCACGGAUUAUUGGCGUCGAUUUGAACCCGGCCAAAUUCGAACUAGCUAAGAAGUUUGGGUGCACAGACUUUGUGAACCCAAAAGAUUACGACAAGCCCGUUCAGCAGGUGAUCAUCGAGAUGACCAACGGCGGCGUGGACCGCAGCGUGGAGUGCACCGGCAACGCCGCCGCCAUGAUCUCCGCCUUCGAGUGCGUCCACGACGGGUGGGGAGUGGCCGUGCUGGUGGGCGUCGCCGGCAAGGACGCGGCGUUCAAGACGCACCCGACCAACUUCCUCAACGAGAGGACGCUCAGGGGCACGUUCUUCGGCAACUACAAGCCUCGCACCGACCUGCCCGGCGUCGUCGAGAUGUACAUGAACAAGGAGCUGGAGCUGGAGAAGUUCAUCACGCACAGCGUGCCCUUCUCCGAGAUCAACACGGCGUUCGACCUGAUGCUCAGUGGGGAGAGCCUCCGCUGCAUCAUCAGGAUGGAGGACUAGCCAUCCAGAUCGAUGUCGCCGCCGGCGAUCGACGGCGGCGGCGACUGUAUAAACGGAGAAAAUAAGAGGCUAAAACUACCUAUGCUACAGCAAUAAGCUAGCCACGGUUGCAGGAAUGCGGUUUCAGGUUUGUUCAUGGAGAACAUGGGUGGACACAAAUUAUAUAUACUGUGAAUUUUCUGAAAAUUUACAAGACAAAUAUGAAAUUGCGCAAAUUACGAUAGCGGAUAGCCUUUGGCUCGAUCAAUUUGAGCCUAUAUAUGCUGGCUCCACCGCUACACUGUUUGCCGCCUUUCUGUAUUGCGCAUCUGCUCUCUCUAAUGUAAUGUGCAAUCUAUAUAUAACUAAAUUAUGAAACAUAAUGUGCAAUCUGUCAA